AUGUAUAUAAAUGAGCUUAGCAGAGUGUCAAAAUGUUUAACUCUUCUCAUUGAGAUACACUCAGUCAAUAACACAAAGGUCCUGAAGGCAGUGGACUGCAAAGUCAAAGUGCAGUUUCUUCAUCCUAAGACAUGUCGGACCACCGUACUGGAGAGUCAUUUGCUGUUGGCGGCAGAGGAUGGCUAUGUUGAUCAGUACCACAUUACUCUGACGAGGCAGGAGGGCUACAGAGUGGUGAUGCAGAAUCCUGAGCGUCUGAGCAGAGAGAGAGUUGCAGAGGACUUCAGUUGGGUCCAAUGGGACUCGGAUACUCAAAGAAUCUUCUAUCUCUCUGCACGGGAGAAACACACACUGAAGUGUGUGCAGUUUUACCCCGAUCGCAACUUUGAGACUGUGUUUGAGCUUCCACUGGAGAUGUCCAAUGUUUCGUCUGUCACUUCUUCAGUGAGGUUUGUUAAUUUUGGAUACGAUCACUAUCAGGACAUGAAGGACGAGGAUCUCAGGUUAGAGGUGUUCACCAGCCCAACAGAGAGAACCAUGUGUGUGUGCUACAGCCAUCCAGUUCACUGGCAUAAGGACGCCACCUACACUAUUGCAUUUGUGCACAGAGGUUGCAGUAAGACGUUCACUGUGUCUCUAGAGAAAGGCUCUGCACCUGCUAAUUUGCCAACCGUCCAUCCUAUCUUCAUUCAUCUGGAUUAUUAUAUAGUGGUGUACCUGGCUGAUCAUUUCCUUCACCUCAUCAACUGCAGACAACAAGACCUGCUCUGCUACAGUCUUUUCCUGUCAGGGGCAGAUGGUCACAUUGAAUCCCUGGGUUUGGGCAGAGAGGUUGUGAGUGUGUCUGGAAGCAGGCUGCUUGAUGUCCGAGCUGGCACGAUGUACACCAUGGAGCUCAACCCUGACUUUCUGCUUGAGCUUCUCAGUUCAGGCAGGCCUGAGGCCCAGCGGCUUGCUGCUCUGCACUGCAUGCUGGUCUACCUGCAGCCAAAUCCUGUGAUAGAGCUCAAGAUUAUAAACUGGAUCAGUGAGAAUGUCAUGAGCUUUGAUGCUUUUGAUCAGAUUCAGGAAUUUAUUCUAGCGACCCUGUACAGAAUAAGCUACCAGCAGUGUGUGAGCCUAGAUAAGUUGUUGCCGUACUCCUGUGUUUUCGAGAAAAAGGAGCUUCCUGUGGCUCUGACAGCAAUCUCUGGGGUGAAAUGCACUCCUGAACUGCUCUGUCAGCCAAUAAUUAAAGGGAAGCCUAAAAGCCUGCAGGGUUAUUGGGAGGAGCUCCAGCAUGUCUUGGACAGGAUGAGGUACUUUGAGGCAGUACCGAGCACAUGCUUCAGGUCCAGUCUGAUUAAAGAGGACUGGGACAGAUUUCAGGCUGCUAUGAACUCAGAGAAGAAAAAAUCUCUCCGUUAUCAUCGCCAAAUUGAGGAGAACACAAAAAAAGUUCUGUCCAUGGUGGACACUUGGCGUUUGGAUAAGCGUGUAGUUCCACUGUUUCAAGAGGAAGACCAACAGCAGAGGGUGCUGGUGGGCCAGAUGGUGGACAAACUCAGAGAGCACUUAAACAGACAUUUAUCACGACUUGGGAAGAAAAAGAUCGAUUUGCUGGUGGUGAAUUAUGCUGCGAAGCUGCUGGAACUGGUCUGGCACGUGUUGGAAUUGAUGUGGCAGAAGCUGAAGUUGGGCCCCUGGGUGCUCUGCAUUAAGCAGCAGGGUAGUUCAGAAGAGUGGGCGAUGUUUCAUGUGAUGUUUCGCAUUCUGGAAGCAACUAAAGGACUCUGUCUCCCCCUCCCUCCAGGUUAUUCCACACUGUUAAGUGUGCUUGGAUCCCGAUGUCUCACACAGCACACUUUUCUCCAGUAUGUGGACCAUGGCCUUCUUCAGCUCACAGAACCAUUUGUUUCACGACUUAUGACAGAUUUAGAUAACAGUGAUGCCAAUGAGCAGUUGAAGUUCAGUAUUCUGAAAAGACUUCCUGAGCAUAUGGAGCAGAAAGUUAGCCAGCAGUGGGAUCACCCCAUAACUUCUGCAUGCAUUUCUAGAGAAUACGUCAGGACUUAACGUAGAAAACGUAGAAAACACGGACUCUGCACUCUUGGACUAUGGCAAGUCAUGUUUCUAUCCCGAUUUCCUGCCCCUAAACUACCUCGCCAAGAUUCUCUCAAACAGGGAGGAACAAGCUCAGAACCCUUUUGAAGAGCAGGAGAAUGUGGAUGUCAGGUUUGUGGAGGAGAUGGCCUUAAAGCAGACACAGAUCAAGCUGGGCUUUGAAGUCAAGUAAAAAAAAAAAAAAAACUGGUACAAAUGUUAAAGUGGUAAAAAGGGAAACAUGGAAAACAUUCCGAGAAAAUAGGGGGAAAAAGUCCUCUUGGCCAAAGAACAAAGCUUGAUAUAUUUAGGUGACUAGUAAUGUACAGAAGUUUUUAAAAUGUUAAAACUUCUCUUAGAAAUGUUAGCGAUAUCUUAGAUAUUUGAAAACUGAAGCCCAAAAUCAUACUUGACCAAAGAUUAUUUGCCAACUGUCAGUCUGCUCUUUAAAUAUCACAUUUUAGUACCCAGAAGAACACAUACUGACUCUACGGAUGCCAAUACGUAUGGGGAAUAUUAUGCACUUUUCUAUACACACAGAUGCGAUGGAAGAGCACCAACAAAAAAGACACAUAAAGGGAUUUUUUCCCCCAGAUGUUAUUUGGGGUCAAAUUGGGUA